AUGGUUACCAAAUAUGUUUCAUCUCAGUGCAUAUACCUCGUCUUAGGCAUCUUGAUAACUACAGAGGCACUCGAUCUGAGUUCUUUUGCAGGUCAGGCCGAAAUCAAGUUACUCAUAGAGAAUGUUGCCGGUCAGGAAACCACACCUCAGGCUCGAGAAAUGCUCAUCAAGGCAAACGAGGAUCCACCCGACUACACGUGCACCGCAACAAAGCCUUGUAAUCUCGGAUGUUGCGGACCUCUCGACGACACCGGCACUGGUGCCUGCGGUUUCGGACCCGUUUUCUGUGGCCCCAAAUGCACAAGCGACUGUGAACGUAAAUCUGAGUGUGACGGGGAUAACUGGGGUCUCCAAUAUGCGAACCUCACGACUUGUCCGCUCAACGUCUGCUGCAGCAAGCACGGCUUCUGCGGCACGACAGUCGACUUUUGCGGCCCGAAUCCUGUACCACAUCCUCAGUGCGACCUUUCACAGCGGACCGCUGACGCCCGUACUAUCGGAUACUAUGAAGGCUGGAACUACCAGCGGCCCUGCGGUAACAUGGAGCCUGAGGACAUUCCACUGGGCCAUUGGACGCACAUCAACUUCGCCUUUGCUCUUAUCAACCCCAACACGUUCCACAUUGAGGAUAUGGAUCCCGGCACGGGACAGCGCUACGGCCGCGUCGCGGCACUCAAGGAGAAGCAGCCCGACCUUAAGGUCUGGAUCGCUGUUGGUGGUUGGGCUAUGAAUGAUCCUGGUCCAUACCGUACAGCAUUCUCUGACAUGGUUGCUAGCGAGGCCAACCAAGAUAGGUUUUUUGACUCGUUAUUGACCUUCAUGCAGCGGUAUAACUUAGAUGGCGUUGACCUCGACUGGGAGUACCCUGUGGCAGAGGACAGAGGCGGUAUCCCUGCCGACUUUGACAAUUACGUCAACCUUUUGCGACGUCUGAGGGCGCGCUUGAACUCGUCUGGGAGAGAAUAUGGUAUUAGUCUGACUCUCCCGGCCUCCUAUUGGUACCUCCGCGGCUUCAAUCUCCAAGGGAUGGAGCCCUAUCUGGAUUGGUUCAACAUGAUGACAUAUGAUAUUCACGGCGUUUGGGAUGCCAGCAUCGACAGCCUUGGCCCUAUUGCGCAGGCACAUACAAAUCUGACCGAGAUCAAAAUGGGCCUUGAGCUCUUAUGGCGCAACAACAUCAAUCCAGAGCGCGUUGUUCUUGGUCUUGGCUUCUACGGUCGCAGCUUUACGAUGAAAGACCCAGGCUGCAUGAAGGCCGGAUGCGAGUUUAGCGAGGGCGCUAACGGGGGCGCCUGCACGGGCACACCAGGUGUUCUAUCGGCGGCUGAAAUCAAUGAGGUCAUCGCUAACGGCGCUGCCGUCACGUACGACGAGGACGCCGCAGUGAAGAUUGUGACCUGGAACUCAGACCAGUGGGUAUCAUUUGACGAUACCAAGACUCUCGGAUCGAAGAUCAAUUUUGCUCAUCAGCACUGCUUGGGAGGGACCAUGGUCUGGGCUAUCGACCUUGAUGACGGUACUCUCACGGAGGCUCUUGGUGAAAAUAUUCAGCGGCCUAAGCUGCCCACGUACAGGCCAAAGCAAGUUUUCGAAUGCGGUGAAAGACCCGAGUUGUGA